CUUUUCUUUAGUAACUUACCUCACUAAAACGCAUUCUUCUUAGCCAUGCAAAACGCAAUCACUGAGCCCUACAAAUAUCAUUCUAGUGGUCGACCUCUAAACGUCGAUAUCGCCCUCCCACCAAAACAUUCUCCGAGUAAGAAAUACCAAACACUCAUAUGCUAUCACGGGGGCGGUCUUGUCUGCGGUAGUCGGCACACAUAUAUCCCCCUCUACCUGGCAAGCAAGCUUCGCAAGCUGGGUUGGAUCAUUAUUUUUCCGGACUAUCAACUCCUGCCUGAAGCUACUGGUUGGGACAUCCGACAAGACGUGAUUGACCUUGAACAAUGGAUUUUGAAGGAGCAGGCCACAUGGGGAAUUGACGUUGAUAAGAUUGCCCUGAGUGGGACGAGCGCUGGUGGGUACCUCGGUGCCCUUACCGCUGUUACAUGGAAAACCAUCAAACCACAAGCUUUCACUAGUGUUUACGGAAUGGUGGAUAUUACCAGCGACUGGUAUAGCGCAAAGAAACAACCAGGGCUCACUGUCAUGGGAGUUCCAGUCGACACGAUCAAAGAGGAAAAUUAUCAGAAACUCUACGAAAACGACCGGGAAGUUGUCUGGGAUGACCGCGUGACCAAAGACGAUAGAUCGCUGAUAUUCUUGUUGUUUAUCCGAGAAGGGAUCUACCCGAAAAUGAUUUACGGUCGCUUACCGGGAAAGAAUAACGGCGAGGGCUUGGACGAUUCAUAUCUUCAGCCAUUGAACCGCAUUGACUCCUCAUUCCCGAGAACAAUUGCUAUACACGGGGAUCAAGACUCAGCCGUAAAGGUCUCAGACUCCUAUAACCUCGUCGACAGGGUUCGCAAGGCUGGAAUAAAAAGCGAGAUUCAUGUUAUUAAAGGUGCGGAACACGGGCUUAUGCCUGAAGCUAUGCAUGAUCAGGAGUGGAACUAUGUAGUGGAAUUUUUACAGAGAGCUACAGAGACCCAGGGUUGACUUGGUAAGCUUAUAGAAUUGCUGAAGAGGUGGGAAUAUAUUGGGCUCCACUGUUUCGUGUUCUUUCGAAAGCUUUAUAUAUCGUGUAAUUAGAUAUUUCGGCGAUCUCCCUCCC